AUUAAAUAAAACAAUUAAAAAACAAAAAUCUAAGAAAAUUAUAUACCGACUAAAAAUUGAAUAAAUAAGUUGAAAAAGUGAAAAAAGAAAGUGGAAAAAUAUACAAAAAUACAGCAAAUAUCUGUUAAAUAAGAUCCCGUUCGAAAAGGGAUCCAAAUGUCAAGUGUUGCCCGUUGAAACCAUGGAUAAAAGGCUUAGCGAUAGUCCCGGAGAUUGUCGCGUAACCAGAUCCAGCAUGACGCCCACCCUCCGCUUGGAGCACAGUCCCCGGCGGCAACAACAGCAACAACAACAGCAGCAGCAGCAACCCCAAGAACAACAGCAACCAGAGUGCAGUGGAACAUCUGCAACAGCGAAAUCCAAAUCCAAGUCCAAGUCCCCCACACCGCCCACCUCCAAAUCCCAGGCAGGGGGUGCCCCUCAGCAGCAGCAUCAUCAAUUCCGUGCCCCGCAGCAGCAGCAGGGACCCAAAAACAAGAACAAGGCCUGGAGCAAGAGGGGCCACAAGACCAGUGGCGGCGGCGGAGGCGGCGGUGGCAAGUACAGUGGCAGCGCCUGUGUCGGCAUCGCACAGUCGCAUCCCAAUGGCAGCAGUGGGGCGGCAGGUGCCGGCUUGGGCCUGGCGGGGGGACAACCUCCGGCUGGAGGCGGAGUGCCGCCCACAGUGGCGGCGGCCCACAAGGCCGAUCUGGAGAAUAUACAGAAUAUCAAGAAUCAAAUAUCCGGCAAUGCUGCGAGCCACCAUGGCAGCGGCAGCGGCGGCGGUGGCGGUGGCGGCGGGUCGGCCUCCCAUCACGGGGGAUCGCAUCACAGCGGCGGCGGUGGAACAGGCGGCAGCGGGGGCGGGGGCGGGGGACACCACCACCAUCACAACACGCGGCUGGCGCAGAUUGCCGCCGGCACAGGGGGAGUGGGGGGUGGCGCGGGCGGCAAUGGCAUCUCCAUCGGAGCGAUGGACAAGCACGGACUGAAGGCCCAGCAGCAGCUCUACAAGAAAAUGCUGGCGCACAGGAGCCAUCAUCAUCAUGUGCUGUGCGCCGGAAACAAUGCCAAUCACACGUGCUGCCUGGUGACCGGCUGCAACGGAACCAGCGCCGGGGGAGGAGGCGGCGGCGUGGCUGGAGGUAAUAGUGGCAUCAAUGCCGUGGGAGGCGUGAACGCCGGAUGCAAGGAUGCGCAGAGCAACAAGGACACCAGCUCGCUCAGCGGAAACAGCAACAUCUCGGGCAGCGCAGCGGCGGCGGCUGCAGCGGCCAAUGCCGUGCACUACUGCUGCGGGCGGUCCAAGUUCUUCCUGCCGGAGAAGCGGCUGCGGAAGGAGGUGAUUGUGCCGCCCACCAAGUUCCUGCUGGGCGGCAACAUCUCGGAUCCCCUCAACCUCAACUCGCUGCAGCACGAGAACACCUCGAACGCGUCGAGCAGCAACAACACGCCGGCGACGACGCCGCGCCAGUCGCCGAUUACGACGCCGCCCAAGGUGGAGGUCAUCAUACCGCCCAAUAUCCACGACCCGCUGCACCUGCUCGACCCCGUCGACUCGAUGGAGUACGAGAAGCAGCUGACGUCGCCGAUGAAGCGGGGCGGCAUGCUGACGCGCGGCAGCCACCUGAAGCUGCAGCAGCAGCCGCAGGCGCACCACCGCCAGCACAGGCCGCGGAAGAACCGCAAGCGGCGCCGCUUCGACUCGAACAACACCUCGCAUGCGGGCGACGACGGGGGCGAGGGCAGCGAAACGCUCUCCGUCUCCCUGGACGAGGCGGGGACCUCAUCCUCGGCGGCAUCGCCGGUGGCGCCACUCGCUGCCGCCGGCUCUGCCGCUGCUGCCUCCCUCAGUCUGCUGCUGAGCGAAGCCGCCGCACCGGCAUCUGCAUCGGCCUCGGCAUCGGAUACGGGCGGAACGGCGGAAAUGGGCCAGCAGCAGGCGCAUGUGCGCUCUCCCCAGGCGGCCACGAUGGCCACGGCAGAGAUGCCGGCUCCCACGCCCACAGAGGCGGCUGUCCAGUCGGGCGGCAUCGCACCGGCACCGGCACCGGCACAGGCUCUGCCACUGGCACUGGCACCGGAACAAAUGGAAUGCAACAUGAGUCUGCUCUCGUCGCCGACAGCGCCGCCAGCUGCAUCAUCGUCCCCGCAACAGCAGCAGCAGCAGCAACAUGUGUCCAUUGCAGCGUCAGAGGGGGAUGUGUCUGGCUCCACAGAGCUGCUGUUGAGUGCCUCGAAGUUGGCAUCGACCUCGGCCUCUGCCGCAGCCCUGGCCGUGGCCUCGACCCUUGCGGAGAGGCGGGCACAGGCCAGCCGGGACUUGCGCCUGGAUUUGAGCAGCACGUGCUACGGCGUCGGCGGCACGGGCCUCAGCUUCGGCAGCAGCAGUGCGGCCAGCAUCGGCAGUGGCAGUGGCAGCGGCAACGGCGGUGGCGGUGGCAGGAAGAGGAAAAUCAGCGAAAGCAACAAUUCCCAGAAGAGCAAGAAAUUCCAUCGUAACGAUGGCAUGGACAAGAUCGUGAGUCCCGUGGUGCCACAGCCAGGGGCAUGGAAGCGUCCGCCACGUUUGCUGCAGCCCAGCGGUGCCCGGAAGCCCAACACGCGACGAUCCACGUCUUUCAGCGAAACGGAACUGCUCAGUCCCGUCGAGGAGCAGCCGCCCAGGCAGUUGCCCCUCAUCGAGGUGAACAUCCCACGCGACGAUACGCCAGAUAUGUCGGAACAGGGCCUGGGCAGCCCCAUGAGCACCACGUCGGCGGCCACCUCGCAUACGGCCGGGGAACAGGACUCCCUGCCGCCGGACACCGGGGCGGCCGUCGAGGCAACUGCCGAGUCAACAGCAGCCGGGACGGCGGUAAAGCCGAUGCCCGAGGAGCCGACCCUGAUGCUGGAGCCGGCCCUGAUACCGCCCCUCAACAAGCUGCCCAAGUUCCGGGCGGAUGGGGUGAAGUACCGCUACGGGAACUUUGACCGCUACGUGGACUUUCGGCAGCUGAACGAGUUCCGGGACGUGCGGCUGCAGGUGUUCCAGCGGCAUGUGGAGCUCUUCCAGAACAAGGACAUCCUGGACAUUGGCUGCAACGUGGGCCACAUGACCAUCACGGUGGCCCGCCACCUGGCCCCGAAGACCAUACUGGGCAUCGACAUCGACCGGGAGCUGGUGGGCCGGGCCCGGCGGAAUCUGUCCAUCUUCGUGCGCAUACCCAAGGAGGAGAAGGUGAAGAUGGAGGUGAAGCAGGAGCCCACGUCGCAGCUGGUGAAGAGCGAGCCCAUGGACGACGGCGAGGAGGCUGCCGCCGGGAGUCUGCACAAGAAAACGCGACGUGGCAAGAAGCGACGCAAGGCGCUACAGGAUCAACAGCAGCUGCUGCAUCCUAACCACCACCAUCAUCAUCAUCCCCAUCCCCAUCACCAUCAUCCCCACCAUCAUCAUCAUCAUCACCACCAUCAUCACCAUCAGAACCAGGAGCAACUGCAGCAGCAGCUCAAAUUGGAUGCACUCCUUGUGAAGCCGCACGAGUUCUUUCCCAUCUCCUUUCCUCUGACGUACGGCGGCAUGCCGCAACUGCCGCCGCCGCCGGCAGGGAAGUCCCCGAACCUCUCCCCGAACAAGAACCAGUUCCCGGCGAACGUCUUCUUCCGGCAAACGAACUACGUGCUCAAGGACGAGUCGAUGAUGGCCAACGAUACGCAGCAGUACGAUCUCAUUCUGUGCCUCUCCGUCACCAAGUGGAUCCAUCUCAAUUUCGGGGAUGCCGGCCUCAAGCUGGCCUUCAAGCGGAUGUUCAACCAGCUGCGGCCCGGCGGCAAGCUCAUACUGGAGGCCCAGAACUGGGCCAGCUACAAGAAGAAGAAGAACCUCACGGCGGAGAUCUACAACAACUACAAGCAAAUCGAACUCUUUCCGAACAAAUUCCACGAGUACUUGCUCAGCUCCGAGGUGGGCUUCAGUCACAGCUACACGCUGGGCGUGCCCCGGCACAUGAACAAGGGCUUCUGUCGGCCCAUUCAGCUGUACGCCAAGGGCGACUACACACCGAACCAUGUCCGAUGGAGCGAUGCCUACUAUCCACAGACGCCGUACGAGGCCUAUCGCGGAAUCUACGCCACCUUGCCGGCCCAUCGGAUGAGUGCCGGCGGCAGCCACAGCGGGCACGCGCCGCUGCUGCACAUGAGCAGCUCGAGUCGGUCGCAGAACUACGAUACGCCGCACUAUGCGGGCAGCGCCUCGGGGUCGGCCAGCCUGCGGCAGACGCCGCGCUACCAGCCCACCUACAAUCCCCUGGAGACGGACUCCUACCAGCCCAGCUACGACAUGGAGUCGUACGGAGGCAAUCACAUGUACGUGUUCGCCUCGCCGCUCUACCAGACGGUCUGGUCGCCGCCAGCCUCGCUGCGGAAGAGCUCCUCGCACACGCCCGUCUUUGGCAGCGUGCGGGAGGCGGAGCUGGACGGCGACAGCAGCAUCGGGGGCGGCGGCAGCGGCGGCGGCAGCUACCAUCGGCACGUCUAUCCGCCGAACGAUGACACCUGCUCCCCGAAUGCCAACUCUGGGAACGCGUUCAACUCGAUCCGCGAUGCGGACACGGACGACUCGAAUCAGCUGCCCAGCGGCAGCCGGCCCCAUGUGUAUGCCACCAAUUGUGGCGAGAGCUCCUCCUCGCCGCAGGUGAACCACCACGAGGCCACCGCAGAGUUUGUCGAGGACGGCCUGAUGGACGAUGAGCAGAAGACGCCGGUCGCCGGCGGCACGCCCACCGCCUACCACAGUGAUCUGUCGGAUGCCUGAGCGGGUGAGGGCGGCGGCAGGGGCAGGGGCGGAACGAAGACGGCUCGCAAGAAAGGAAGAAAAGAAAAAUGUGUCAAAA